AUGUCCAUCGAUCCUGUUGAAGAUUCCCUAAAAUUCCUCUUGGCCAUCAAAGAUGCCGAUACCCUUUUAAGUCAAACACAACCUAUUGUCAAGGCUUUCCAACAUCUCGGUGCACUUCUUACAAAGAACGCUUCAGAUAUUACAGCAUGGAGCAAGGCCACACAACUUGCCCAGGUUGUUGCUGACGGUGCAAGAACAGAGUCUACACGUACACCUCUCGGUGAGGCUGGUGUACUCGAAAAGGUCACGGAUAUUCUCAGAUUGGCUAAAGAGGGUCAGACUGACUAUCAGAUUCAGGCACUACGUGUAUAUGGCAAUAUGUGCUUUGACCACAAUGACAAUAGACAAAAGGUUCAUGAUGCUGGUGUUAUUCCCCUCGCUAUUCCCUUUCUCGAGCAGGGACAUCGCCCUGACUUGGUGAGAACAUGCUGCGGAUUUUGUUUGAAUAGCAGUAUGGAUUUCGAGCCUAUCCAAGCAGACAUUGCUACUUAUGGCGGUGUAAAGCUAUUGACUGAGUUGUUAGAUCCUGCAAGAAUGGACCACGGUGAAGAGGCUACUGUGUGUAUGGCAGCAAAAGUACUUGACAAUCUACUAGGAGAAGAUUCUGUGAGAAAGGCGUUUAGUUCCCGCGAAUCAGUUUCUCGACUGUUGGAGAUGAUCAAUUACGAAUGGAAUGUAGACCAGCUCGAGAAUUUGGAUUUGCUCGAGAAUUUGGCCGAUGCCUUACUACAGGUGGUACUUGAUGAUGACGAUAUGCAAAAUGCCGUUGUGGAUUCUGGAUUCUUUACUAUGCUUCUUGAUUUCUUAGAGAAAGCAACAUUGCCAUUGGAAGCAGCAGAUGAUGAAGAUGAAAAGAAGAGAUUCACAGAGACACAGGCAACUAUUAGCAAGAUUGCCGUUUAUGCAACAUCUACUGAUGAAAUGCUAGAACGUCUCUAUGCUGACGAAAAGACCUUGAAUCGAUUCUUCCGUAUGAUGAACAGUGAAUCUAGCAUUGUUAGCCAGACUGCCGUGUAUGCCCUUGGAAAUCUUGCUCGUACAGAUGCCCAUUGUGUUGAAAUGGUUGAAAAGAAUCAUUUGGAAAAGUCAUUGUUGAAAUUGCUCACUUCGACAGAAAAUGCAACAUUCCAAUACGUUAUUCUUGGCUGUUUGAAACAUCUCUGUCUUCCCAAACAAAACAAGGCUGUGAUUGGUAAUGCCGGUGCCAUUGAAUCCGUGGCUCCUCUUCUGGACACCUCCAAAGACAUGUUAAAGAGAAACCAGUUCUUUGCCAUUGGUAUUCUCAAGCUUCUUUGUGCUAAUAAUUGUAAGCCAAUAAUUCCUGUAAUGAACAUGAGAUUUAUUCCAAGACAAUUUGUAGAUGAAAACAGCCAGAGGAUUAUCACUAGUCCUACUACUACAGAAGAGAAACAGACCCCUCUUGAGUUGGUACUUGCUUUUAUCAAGCGUGUAGAUGAUAGCUCGGCUAAAAGUGAAGCUACACGGAUAUUAACCAAUCUAGUCAAAUCAGUUUGGACACAACCCAUCACAACUUCUUUGGCUUUGCGUACUAUUCUUGUAAAGCCAGCUAUUGUCGAACCUAUUGCUGAAUUGGUUAGAUCUUCUAAAUUUGUGGUCCUCAAGAACGAUGGUAUUAUUGCACUAACUGUGAUUUUUGCCGACACCGAUUCGGAAUCAUCCAAGAUUCUUCUGAAAGAUGCCCUAUCCUUUGUCAUUGCGCCUGUUCCUUCUUUAGAAGACAUGCUAAUUAAUCAGGAUAAUGAUGAUGAUGAUGAGAAGAAGCCGGAGGAGAUUGAGACCCGCACUUUCCUUGAGGUUGUUGUGGACACAGUAUGCAAAGAAAACGCAGAUAUUCCCAGUGAAGUGCGUUGUAAUGCAUGUGUCUUCUUGGAAAAGGUUGCUUUAGCUGCCCAAACAGUAAAUGAUACAAAAGUAUCAAAUGUUCUUUAUGAAAAGGUUCUUCCUCAGCUCAAAGCAUUAACACAAGGUCCAGAAACAGUCGUGUCCUUUUCCAAGAAAGCUGCGUCUGCUAUUGCGAAGAGUACCAUAGCAUAA